GAUGUAAUCAAAUUUACCAAUCGAAUCAGUACUCGAUGCUUUAGAUAAUGGAGAAAAACUCAAAUGCAUCCAUGGAUUGGUUGUAACAUUAGAAAAUAUGAAAUCAAAUUAGGUUCAUAAUACUUAUUUGAUUAAGAAGAUUAAGGAAGUAAGUAAUAUCAAUAAAUUUAGCUUCGACUUGUUUCUUAAAUAAUUAAUGAUUUGUUAUGUAGUGAAGAAGUAAUUCAUAGUCCAAAGAGGUAAUAGAGUAAGAUCAAAAAAAGUCGAAUCAUCUUUGAUAAAUAACUUGAUAUUCAGCUUUUAAAGAGCUCCAUAGUUAAGAUAGAAUUAUCAAUAAGAGAGGGAUUCAAAUUACAUUAGGAAUUGCAUUCAAAAUUUCAAUUGAUAUAGAAUUAAAAUUUAGAAGACUAAGAUGAUGAUCAAUUUAAUCAUCUUGAUAUUAUGAGACUAGUACAAAUCUAUUAAAGUGAAAUGGAAUAUGUGAAUGAAUAUUUUAAUAGAAUUGAAAAAAAUCCCAAUAAUUCAAAUAGUCAGUCCUUGGAUAUUUUAAAUCAAUCAUAUUAAGAAAUGCUUCUAGAUUAGAAUAUCUUCAUCAUUACACAAUAUGUAAUAGUAAUCAAAUAAAUAUAGUAUUAAAAUUUGAAUCAGAUGAUUGAAGCGCUUGAAAAUUUGAAAUAAAAACUCGUUUAAUAUGAUGAAUUCGAAUCACAAUCAACUAAUUUUGAAAAUUCAAGGAAUUCAUCAACAAAUGAAAGUAAAUCACAUUAUAAUUAUUUAUAGAACAUUUUCCUAGAAGCAAAUCAUAAACUUAUGAAUUAUGUGAAUAAUAGAGGAAUAAUGUAUUGAAAGAAAUAACAAAUGAAAUCAAUUAGAAAUCUUCUGAAACAUGUAUAAAUUGUAGUAUAUUUUGAA